AUGUGUACGGUCCCUCAGUGGACGGCGUGUCGGGCGGCGCGCGUCACCUCGCCCGAGGAGUGUUCGCGCUGGGCCUACUGCGGCGCCCCGUACUUCCUGCCCGUGUGGUCGCGCGUGUCGCGAGGGUACAGCAUGCCGGCGCCGGAGCCCCCCCUGCCGCGCCUGCGGGUGGACGCGCGCCUGCUGGCCGCGGACGGCGCGCCGGCCCGCCGCACGCUGCAGCUCGACCUGGCGGGCACGCAACACGCCGUGCUGGUGCUGGCGCCCGCGGAGGGGGUCGCCGUCACCAGCUGCUCCGAGCUGGCCGGGCCGCCGCGGGAGGGCCCGGCGUGGGGCGCGCGCCGCACGUACUUCGUGACGCUGCACCACGCGCGCGACCCGCACGCCUGGCGCCUGGAGUGCGUGCUGGAGGGGUCGGGCGGGGCGGCGGGGGGCUGGGUGCAGGUGUCGGCGGCGGGGCACGCCAUGUUCGGUCCGCGGCGCCUGGCCGACUCCCACGCGCGGCUGCUGCAGGCUGCUCCGCCGCACGUGGCGGUCACCGGCUGGGGCGUGGACCUCCACAUCCUGGACCUCUAG